AUGCCCUGUGUGUUUAGCUCGCCGGAGUGCGCGAAGGGGAUCACCAACUUCAAGACGACGCCCUCAAAAGGGGACACGACGAAGAAUCGACGCCGUCGUCCGAUCCCGCGGGAUCUAGGCUUUCACCUGAAGACGUGGACCCGAGGCAGCGAAGGUCGUAGAGCUCCACGACCGCCCCCCAAGAAGGACGGCGACAUCCACAGACGCCGCGCGGUCAGGCUUUCGCCCGGAGCAAACGAGCCACCACACCCUCACGCGGCUGCACAGCGAGACGAAGACCGAAAGCGCUGUCAGCCCGCACUCCGCAGACACACCUCAUGUGCAGAAGCGGCGCCACCGCCGCACACAAGCCACCACCGCCACCAAAACCAGACCAAGGAGCUCCGCGAGCUCCGCUGCCACCACCCGCACCGCGCGGGGUUGAAGAGCCGAGUCGCACCAUUACUGCCGACCAAGCUCACCGAGAAGAGCACCGCGGACGCCGCCAACCGCCACAGAGAGGAAGCUUCGACGGACCACAAACACCGGAGCCUACGCGGGGCUUCGCCGCAGGAACUGGCUAACCAUCAGCAGGCCGGAGCGGCGGCGGCGCCGCACGACACGGCUGCGGAGCUGGCAGAGCUAACCGCCGGCGGCGGCGGCGGCAGGGAGACGGAGGAACAGCGCUGCAAGUUCCUGGUGCUGCGCCUGUACGAGGCGCUCAACGCCCGCGACGCGCGCCGGGCGCAGGAGCUGCUCGCCCCGGACCUCGAGUGGUGGUUCCAUGGCCCGCCCGCGCACCAGCACAUGAUGCGCCUGCUCACUGGCGCCGACACCAACGCCGAGUUCACCUUCGCCCCGCGCUCCGUCGACGCCUUCGGCUCCACCGUCAUCGCCGAGGGAGGCGCAGACGCUGGCGGACAGCUCUACUGGGUGCACGCCUGGACCGUCGGCCCUGAUGGGGUGAUCACGCAGCUCAGGGAGUACUUCAACACCGACCUCACCGUCACCCGCCUCUCCGCCGCCGUGGCCACCAAGAACGCCAGCGCCGCCGUCUCUCUCUCUCCUAGCAACGCCUCCUCGUCGUCGUCUACUUCCACUUCUUCAGCCCCCUCCUCGCCGGCGCCCACGCCCAAGUGGCCUAAGUGCCUCUGGCAGAGCCGCCGCGCUGACCGCGCCCGCAAGUCGCUGCCGGGCCUUGUGCUCGCCAUCUAAUAAGUGAAUUACCUCAAGAAGUCAAAGGUGUUGGCGUAUGGGCUGAACUGAACUGAACUGCCUGCUAGUAGAGUUCAGUGAUCCCACAUUUCCCCUACCACUACUAGUAUUGCUUUGCAUGUUUGAAUUAGCAAGUGUGAUUUAGUGCUUGGUCAAAGUUAUGGAUCAUGGUGUGUACUGCAGCUGCGGCAAUGGCUCGCUAUUGCCCCUGAAUAAAAGCAGCAGAGUGUAUUUGGGUGUUAGGCAAUGUAUGAUAAUUAUUUGUCUUCA